AGAGGUAGGUGCGGCCUAUAUAAACCUGAACUUUCCAUCACCACCACUUCCCUGCCCUCAGCAUGGACCCCCAUGGCAGGAGCUCUCCGUUUGCCAAACUGGGUACCUGGUCCCGUUGAGUAGCGCAGUACUCCCUUGCCCUUUUCCUGCUUCCGUGCCGAUGGGUCACCACAUCGAGUACGGUCGUCGCCCGACCUUACCGCUUCCCGACACCUCCUCCGUGUCCCUGUUUUAAAGGGUCCCUCUUGCAUAUCUGACAUGGGCGCUGUACGGACGGUAUUACUGUUCCUCCUCUCGCUCGCCGUCUGGUCGGGGAAUCGUCCGGUCGUGCGCGGUUCCGCCUCGUGGUACACCCACCAGUACGUUGAGCACGCCGCGCGGCAAUUCGAGCAGAAAACCGAUCGGUUCUGGCAGUUCGAUGAGGAGACCAAGCACUGGGUCGAAGUCCAGCUGCCUUAUGAGCUGGUGGCCUGCGCCAACAACAACUGUACCAAGGUUGGUGUGAUUGAUCGGAGGUCGCAGGACGAAGAGCGGUGCGAGAGGCCACCCCACGUUCCGGAACGAAGCGAGGUGUCGACUAAAGACGACGGAGGAGAAGCGGCGGAUGGGUCCAACGUGGUCCUGCCACUCAGGAAGAGACUUUCGGUUACUAAGAUGUCCGAGACGUCGAUUUGGAUCACCGGCGAGAGCGGGUCUAUCUACGAGAGGUUCUGGAACGGAGUGCAGUGGGUUCUGGCGCCCCAUGAUUUUACGACAUCGGCAGGUCGCGCCGUAUCGGUUUUCAUCGUCAACCAGACGAUGUUUGCUCUGUCUGAAGUGGGUCAACUGUGCCAGAUGCGACUCAGUGAAAGUUCACAGCCAAUUUGGGUUGAGGUCCCUGUUACAGUCAAUUCGAGCUUAAGUCAAGAGAAGGAAAAGGGGUCAACCACCCAAAUAAAGUCAGGUGUUGUUUCAUUUGAUGGAAUGAGAGUUUAUUUUUGCACGAAGAACGGAGCAUUGCUGGAGCUGAGCGACAUAGAGCCUCCAAGAUGGGUAAAUCAUGGCCGACCCCCUAGUGCUAAUGUUGCCAUGAUAAUUGAUGUGGGCACUUUGCGACCGGAAGCGGUAUUUAUCAUAAGCUCGAAAGGUGAUCUUUACGAGUAUGAUAAAAGCUCAAAGCCACCAUGGAAGAAGCACAUCAUGAAACAGGGAAGAGAAGAAAAUGCUUCUCUGACAGUCGCAAGGGGUUGUACUUUACUGGGGAUGAAUGGAGAACUUUCUGCUUCCAUAUUUCUUCUUACAAAGGCUGGUGAUCUAAUUGAAAGGCGAAUACACCAACAGAAGUGGAAAUGGAUAUCUCAUGGAAGUCCGAAGGACCAUAAUCUGACAUCCAUGACCCCAGUUCUACAACAUGAAUCCAGUGAAAACAUGUACUCUCUGUUCUUCACGACAUCCUCAGGAUGUGUUUUGGAAUAUAGAAUACCAAAACAUUCAGAACUGGUCCAGAAGCCACUUUUGGAUGCUUGGGCUAAUCAUGUGCAUCCAAUGCAUGGUAAAGCUGCGAGAGGUAUUUCUGGAGUACAGUUACAGAUCGGAAGAGUAAUUUUCCCACUUGAUGAUGGCAGACUUGCAGAGCUACACCUACCAGGACUUGGGGGUGAAAACUCAGGCCCCGGUCAACCCAACAUCAGGAAGAAACCAGUGACAAAGUAUGUCUGGUCAAUAUUAGAUGCCCCAGAAAGUGAAGGAUGGAAUGCAGAGUAUUGCACUGAAGAACGUGGACCUGCAAAUUGCGUAAUGGGCACUAAAGACGAACCAAAUGAUUCAGGAAUCACAAGCACAGUGACAAGGAGGAGAAAGGCAAGCACAACGCAACAAAGUUACUUACUCCCAGGCACAUCAGAUAGAAUAAAUGUGCAGCAACAUACUUUCCCAGAUGAUAGAAUUAACACUAAUUUUCGGCUGCGUGUGAUGCAUGGAAGCAGAUCAUUUUUCCUCAUAACAAAUGGUUUGACCUUUGAGUAUCUCUAUGCUGAGAAUAUUUGGUUUUGGCUGCGACAUGACCACCCAACAGCAAUGAAAGGUGCACUAGGGAAUUACAAUGGGAGUCUAUUUCUUGUUGACAUUUACAAGAGUUUGCUGAUGAGAGAGAGAAGCAGCAACGAGCUCACAUGGGUGAAUUGCACAGCUAUGAGGAGAGGAAGGCAAGUUAUAGCAGGUCCUCCAUGGGACGGUAUACCAGGCAGAGAAAUUAGACUCGCAGUAGAUGAUGCCCUCUUCUUCGUGAGCAAAAGUGGAAGAUUGAUGCAAUUCACAGUUUUCAUGAGGAAGUUUAAAUGGAAAGAUUGUCGCCACCCUCCAAAUACCAAGGUCUCGUGUAUCAUAGAUCAGGAACUAUUCAGAAGAAAUAUAGUAUUCGUUGUUGGCACAGAUGGAAGACUAUAUCAGUACAACAAAGUAACAGAGUUGUGGCAUGAGCAUUACCAAUCCCGGCACUUGCUCUUAUCUAGGUCGCCUGGAACUGUGAUGCGUCCAUCCUCACUAUCCUUAGAAGGUUCCAUUUUUAUUCUUUCUAGAGACGGGGGACUAGUGGAAUAUCAAUGGAGCACAGCUGAUGGGUGGAAUUGGGUGGAACAUGGAACACCGCAUAAAGCCGUCACAUUGGUAAGUCCACCGGGUCCUUGCUUUGAGAGUAAUCAAUUAUUCGUGAUCGGGUCAGACGGAGAAGUAUAUCUGAGGUACACGGAAGAGAGAGCAUGGAAAUGGAAAAGCUUUGGUCACCCAUACAUAGGAAACACGGCCUCCAAGGACCAGAGAGAGACGAAAGUAAGUGGCAUAAAUGAUGCAGUUUGUGUACCUGAAGAUGCUAAUGCUGGAGUUGAGAAGGAACUGACACAAUUCGAUGACCUCAACAGGAACUGUGACACAAAGGUCGCCCCGACAAGGCCAAUUCCAUUUUCUGAUGACUCGGUGAUCUUUGAGCUGAAAGACGGAAGGUUGGCAGAGAUGCGACAACUAGGAGAAGCGGAUUGGGCAUGGUCACGUAUUAUAGGGACGCCAACGAGCUUAUGUGGGUUGAACUACUGGACUGCUAUGGCAUCAUGACUGUAAAUACCACCUUCAAAUUUCGAAGCAAUAAUGCAGAAGCACGAGAGCUUGCCAUGAUGUGCAUUAUCAGUUCAAAAUGGUGUCACCACUUCUUAUUUGCUGAUGCCUAGUGUCCUAGUAUAGUUGGCCCAUUAUGCUUCCUCUCUUCUUCUUUUCUUUGGCUAUCUUCUUCUUCCUUUUUGUUGGGAAAUGACGCUACAUCUCUUAGAACAUUUCCAGCACGAAUGGUGAUCACAGGCUCACGUCAUUCGUAUGCGGUUGUAAAUUAAACAAAUAGCGAACUACCUGUAGUGUAAAUCAUAGUUAAUUUCAUAUAAAAGAUAGAUAUUACUGUA